UCUCUCCCCUCUUCUGCAGGUCCACAUGAAGGAUGUUAUGUCAGCACUGUGGGUCUCAGGGUUAGACUCUAGCUACUUGCGGGAACAGAUGCUGAACGAACCGUUAGUACGAGAAAUCGUGAAGGAAUGCAGCAACAUUCCACUCAGCCAGCCGCAGCAAGGGGAGGCUAUGCUGGCCAGCUUCAAGCCCCGGGGCUACUCUGAGUGCAUCGUGACUGUAGGCGGAGAAGAAAGAGUUUCACGGAAACCAACAGCAGCGAUGCGAUGUAUGUGCCCGCUGUAUGACCCUAACCGGCAGCUUUGGAUUGAACUGGCCCCUUUAAGCAUGCCAAGAAUUAACCAUGGAGUUCUCUCAGCAGAAGGAUUUUUGUUUGUGUUUGGGGGCCAAGAUGAAAAUAAGCAGACCCUGAGCUCAGGAGAAAAGUAUGAUCCAGAUACAAAUACAUGGACUGCGUUACCACCCAUGAAUGAGGCACGACAUAACUUCGGGAUUGUGGAAAUAGAUGGAAUGCUGUACAUUUUAGGGGGAGAGGAUGGUGAAAAAGAACUGAUUUCCAUGGAGUGUUACGAUAUUUAUUCCAAAACCUGGACAAAGCAACCUGAUUUGACCAUGGUUAGAAAGAUUGGCUGCUAUGCAUCUAUGAGAAAGAAAAUCUAUGCCAUGGGCGGAGGAUCGUAUGGAAAACUGUUUGAAUCUGUGGAGUGUUACGACCCAAGGACCCAGCAGUGGACUGCUAUAUGUCCACUAAAAGAGAGAAGAUUUGGAGCGGUAGCCUGUGGCGUUGCCAUGGAGCUGUAUGUAUUUGGGGGCGUCAGGAGUCGUGAGGACAUCCAGGGGGGAGAGAUGGUCACUUGCAAGUCUGAAUUCUACCAUGAUGAGUUUAAAAGGUGGAUCUAUCUUAAUGACCAGAACUUAUGCAUCCCCGCCAGUUCCUCCUUCGUCUAUGGAGCUGUACCCAUAGGAGCCAGUAUAUAUGUUAUCGGAGAUCUUGACACAGGUACCAGUUAUGACUACGUGCGGGAGUUUAAAAGAAGCACAGGAACCUGGCACCACACGAAACCUCUCCUGCCAUCUGACCUUCGCCGCACUGGAUAUCAAAAUCCCAACAGUUAUUUUUGAAUCGCUGUGGUUUCAAGAAGAGAAGGCCCUAGUAGGAAGAGGAUGACAGCCACAGAGUCUGGGGACACCAUAUAAGAUGAUGUGGGCAAGGCCGGCCAUUUAAUGAUCCAUGUAAAGAAAUGGCCCCUUCAAAUAGUUCAGAUACCAAGGAGAUGUAAGUUCAUCUUUCUUUCUGGUUAGUGAGUUAUAUUUAUUAGAACUUCAUUUUUAUCAUUUCAGUACAAACUGUAGGUUUUUAAAGUGCCUUAUUUUUUAUUGUUCUUACUCAUCAGUUACAAACAAGGUGUAUAUACCUUAGAACCUUGGGCUAAAUUUUGUCAUGUUAAGCCAGUGAACUUGGUUUAAAUAUGACUCUAUGUAGCUGCUUUUUCAUGUUUCCUGUUUAAUUGGAUGAGAAUUACAUGCACUUAUUCCCUUGUUCUUUGUGUUUGUAGGAUAAACUCUGUUCUCAGCUACCUCAUUUGUAGUGUUGUGCUUGAUCCCUUGCCAGUUUAGAAGAAUUCAACACUUUCUGUCCUUUAACAAAAGCCUAGAAGCAAUCAGUAGGCGGCCUUGAGGAAUACAAUUCUCUAAAGCGUAUUUUCCAUUUUACUAUUUUUUUUAAUAGGCACUUUUAAUCAGGAGGAACAAUGAUUCUCCUAGAGCUGCUGCAAAGUGAUUACUUGAAACUCAACUUGAACUUUAAAGAGUCUUUAAAAGACUGUUUUUAUAACGUAGAAAAGUAGUAUAUUUAAAACACUACUGCUGUGUAAAAUAGAGGGCUUAAUUUCCAUCCUUGUUGGGAUCAGACAGGAAAAUUUGUGAUUUGGCCCAGGGUUUGGAUAGAUGCUUGGGCUAGUAGUUUUCAUUUUCUAAAUAAGGUGCUAUAGUGAGCAGUUGAAGGACCAAUUAAGUGUAUUUUCAUGAAUAUCUUUUCCCAAGAAUCACUCAUUUUGAUGAAAAUACAGGCCCAUUACUAGAUUCCUCUUCUUUUUUAGCUCUGAUUGCCUGGGUUUUAAAGUACAACUCUGAAAGCGUUUCCUAAGGGCAGGGUUGAAGUUGAGCAAACAACACAGAAUUGCAUUUUGCUUAAAGUCAUGAUUGGUCUGAUUUGUUCCCUGUGUCAGAGUGUCAUCCCCAACUUCUCCUGCAGUGCCUUCUCUCCGCGGCACAUGCUGGGCUCUGCCCUCCCCGGCGUCGGUCAGCUUACCUGCUUGGUAAGGUAGGGGGGCUGUGAGGCCCACCAGUCCUGGUAGAUAGACCUUCCUCCCCAGAAGAGAUUUCUUAUGGGAAUUAGCCACAUUCCCAGUGCCCAGAGAGUUCUGCCCUUUCCUUGAGUCCUAGCAUCCUAGGAAUAACUGACAUACCAGGUAAAAUCUAAACCUUACUGAUGCGUGUGCAUUAGUAGGAUUUAAUUUUACACUUGUGCUUUCUGAAGUAGUGGGCCUGUUCCUGCCAGUAGCAUGGCAAAACUUCUCCCCAGAGGACCGUGUGUCAGCAGGCAGCAGACAUUUCCUUACAUGGUUUCCAAGAGAACCAAGACUUACCCCGCUAAUGCCCCAAACCUUCUUAGUUUAAUUAUUUUGAGGAAAACAUAUGUAUACGUUUUAGGGACUUUCCUGAGCGAAGCUGGUGGCCUUGAGCUGCGUCAGCCUCGGCCCAAGUGCGGGUGUUUUGAUGACUCCCCACUAGCUGCGUGUGAAAUCAGGUUGCCCUUAGCCCUGGUGCCCGCGUCGUAUCUGCCAGAGCAGGAUGACAGGGCAUUUACCUCGUUGGCUGCUGCGUUCAGUGAGGCAGUGGAGGUGGGCGCCAUGCGCACCUGGAGGUGGUGGCGACUGGUCGGCUGCCCUGGCUGCAGAACUCUGCUGUAGAGCUUGCCUCGUGCCAGUGCCCAUGCCACGUGGCAUACAAGUAAAGGUAUAUUCAUGUUGAUAAAAUGACUGACCUUCUGGCCAUGUAUCACCACCCUUCUACUACUUCUCCAAAAUUGAAACCCAAAAUUGAACUCCAAAAAGAAGAUUCUAGAUAGCUGAAACCUCCCAAAAUAGGUGUUUUGAGUUGCUGUGAAUAACCCUCAUUUUGAAAUUUGCCUAAUGAAGUCCUCUAAUAAUAUUUAAAACUCUUUAUAACAAAGUUGAGUUUUUCUUUUUUCCCUAAAAUACCGGAAGUCAUAGGCUCUCCUAGACAAGUAAACUGGAUAUUUUCUAGAUCUCUGGUAGAGAUCAGUAGGUCUAAAUUAUGCCUUCUUAACUUGGAUGCUAUGUGAAACUUAAAAACAAGCAAACAAAUUUGUGUUACAAGUAGUGUGUGUGUGUGUGUGUGUGUGUGUGUGUGUGUGUGUGAACUUUAGCACCUUCAAAUAAAGAAAUUAUACAGUAAGUGAGCUACUUAUCCAUGUAACAUCCCUUUUCCAGUUCAGGUUAUAGGACUGGGUGAUUUAGGAUUUAGUGACAUGGGACAUGCCCAGCUUAUCUUGAUUUCAAUAAGACAUUUAAUAAAGUCAUUAUUGAUAUCUCUGUGAAUGUGAAAAGGAAGUAGAAAUAAGGUUGAAAGGGUUGAGAAAUAGGUUGAGUGGCCGUCCCUGGACAGGGCUGUAAAAAUGGAUCCUUGUCAGCUGGGACCAAGGUACUUAACAGAGUCCAUUUUUAUCAUUUUUAUUAGUAACUUGUGUAAAAGUCUUGAAGCAGAGAGAAGUGCAGGGAGGAAGUCAGUGCUAGGUGCUGGGAUCUGCAGUGCUCUCUGCAGCCAAAUAAAAUAAUGGCUAAAUGUUGAAGUCUAGGCCUAGGUUCAGAAGAUAGUUCCUAAAUGAAAGAGAAAGAAGAAAAAGCAGGGUAGGCGUGGGGGCUUUUUGAACAGAAGCCAGCUGUUGAGAAAAAAUAACUGUUUCUCUCCGUCUGCCGCUGGGACUAGAAAAGGAAGUCAGUUCUGCUGUUUGCAUCCAUGCACUGCACUGGAUGGGCCGCUGGGCUGCUUAGUGCAUUCAGUGGCCCGGGUGGGUGCCAGGCACCCCAGUUUAAGACGCCUGAGCAAGCCUGGAGGCCACCCUGAGGAUGACAGCCAGGGUGGUGGGUGCACCGCAAGCUAUAACAACAACUUUUGGUGGCCAGAGGCCCUGGCUUGCAGGGUGUUUUCAGAAGAGCCAUGCGCAGGGUGCAGAGUGCCCGGCUUGGGCCAGCAGGCAGAAACCAGGCCCCGAGCUCUGGUCAGUUUCUGAACUUUGGAAUAGAACUGCCUCCUGAGAGGGGGGCCUUCUGUGGCACUGAGCGCUCAUCCCUGGACAGCCUCCCAAGGACUGGCAGCGUCUGGCAGGUCUGGCAGAGUCAGGAGAGGGAUCCUGCGUGGUGGCGGCUGUCUGUCACGAUCUUCGGAGCUCCUUCCCAGCAUGAGAUUCUCUGAACAGUUCAGUGAAAAAGGAAAAAAUUUGUGUGCACUUUAACUUUUACACUGUUCGUGAGAAGAGGCCGUGUCCUUCGAACCUGUACUCUCCCCUCGUUCUUUGCUCCCGUCUCUUGCUCUCUGCCCACCACCAGUUCAUGGCCUCCUGACUGCGGCCAAUGGCCUGCAGCUGCAGCUGCCUUCAGCGGAACUUCCAGAAGUAGAGCUAUUCUAGAGAUAUCCCUAAAAACCAUACUGUCACUAGAAUAGGGCUUCUUACUUUUUGUAUGCUUUUUGUUUUAAAUCUCUUAGAACCUCUCCAGAUUGAAGAAAGCUGAUAAGUAAGAACUGUAUUCUUUCCAGCAGGGCCUGGGAUGCCGUGGGGGCAGGUCUUGCACAGGGAAAGAGAGGUGGGCCGCCUCUUCGAGGCCCUUCCAGCUCUAGGAAUCCGUCUCCGCACUCAUGGAUUGCUUUGUCAUCCUUUGAGAAGGAUUUCUCGAGGUUUCGCCUUCCCCUCUUCUGAGGAAGCACCCUGCACUCCCAGUCCAGUGGGAGAGCGAGGGCACCACCCACUCGGGGUCUCUUUCCGGCCCUCCCGCCUUGAGCAGGAUCUGCCCCCAAAGAGAGGCAACGGGCCUAGGCUAGGACGGCACCUGGGCCUCGGGACGGAGCUGUCGGUGGGGCCUGACUCGGGUGUGUUUCCCAAGGCAUCAUCGCGCGUUACUUCUGUUUGGGCCAGCGUUGGGUUUCCUCCCGGAGACCCGUUGGGGCCACGCAAAGGCACUGGCUGGGGAGCCUCGGAGAGUACAGGCCCCUCCCAAGUCAGCAGUUCUUCUCUCCGGCCAGUUUAGGGACUCCAGGCAAGGUGGCAAGAGCUCGUUUUGGGCGUGUUGUUGAGACUGCACUGACGCAGCCUGGCAAUUACUUCCCAGCCUGCCCGCCUCUGUGCCUCAUCCCCCACCUCCCCUCCCCCUCCGCCUCCCCCAGCCUGUUUUUUUUAGGAAGAAUUGUAUUUGUUGUAUUUUCAGAAAUAUAUAUGGUUUGGGGAGGAGAUUUCCGCUGCUCUACUCAAGCCGCCAUCUUGGCUCCACCUCCCAGCCUGUUUUUUUUAACUGCUUGAAUUAUGUAUCCAAAAAAGGAAAAGGAAAGAAAAAACCUCCCCUUGCUCCCUAAAUCACUAGCCUAAAAAUAUCUGCUGAAAAGGCACUCUCUGGGGGCGCUUGACCCAGCCCUUGUGACCGGCCCUUUGCACAGCCAGCUGGCCCUGGCCGCCAGGGAGGCGGACCUGUCACCCAGGCUGGGGGCCGGGCUCUGAGGCAGGGCCGGUCGCCGGCCUGCGGCUUCUGGACUGCGGACUACAGCAGCCUCCCCGGGGCCAGGCCGGCCCCGCCUCCCACACCUGCCCUGGCGGCCCUCCGGGCUCCUCUCUGAGCCAGGAGAAGGGGCUCCGGAUGCCACACUACUACCUCAGCACCCAGCUGGCUGUGCUCGGGGCCUGGGCAGCCCUCGGAAACUCACAAACAAGCGCUGUCCACGCGGGCUCCCAGCCCUGCAGAGGCGCGCGUCCCCGCGGACUCCGGCACCAUCCGGCUGCCAUUCCUUAGAGCAGAGUAAGGCCAGUGUCUCCUUUGUCUCUUGUCUAGCUCUGACUUUAAAAACACCACACUCCCAAAUUGUGGAUAGAACCUGAAAUCAGAAUUGCUUGUUCACAGUAAGUGAGA